GUUUGUGCAUAGUUAGUAUCUCAGGAAUUUGUGCCUUGUGCAUUAGGGUAUGUGGGCAAUGAGCAUGCAGUCACAUUGAUGUGUAGGGAUACUGCACAGUUGCCUCCUAUAAUGGACAGACAAAUGGAUAUAGGUGCAUGGUGGAUUUCCUAAGGAAAGGCAAAUUCUACAAGUGUGUGACAACAAGCAAACCUAAUAAUCUCUAUUAAUAUUUUAUAUUGUUCAAAUCUAUGUAGGAAGCACUACAUCCUUCCAUAUAUGUAGCCCAUAGCAGUUUACUCCUGUCAAAAAAGAUUUUAUCCCUUUUUUGGUUUCCAUACUCUACCAGCAAAGACUAGUUGAGGCUCAGAAAGGGUUCUUUCCUAUGGAAUCACUGGUUAGGAAAGAGUCGAGUUUCUGUGAAGCUUCAAGCAUUUCAGCAUCAGAGGGUCCUCCACUGAAGAGGUGGUCAAGUGAGAAUGAGCAAGGAGCUGUAGAAGGAGUAAGAGAUCACCAAGAAGAAGCUAGGCCAACUCUCCAAACAGAUCCAGAGCUAACUGCAAGUGAUUCAAAUCAGUGGUUCAAUCGAGAGCUCAACCUUAUUGGCAGCUUCAGCAGCAUGGAUUCAUCUAAAACUUCACCAGAAACUCCUCAAGGUACUGAUGCGGAGCAAAGGGUUUUCUCAUGCAACUAUUGCCAAAGAAAAUUUUAUAGCUCACAAGCGCUUGGAGGACACCAAAAUGCCCAUAAAAGAGAAAGGACUCUAGCUAAAAGAGGGCAUAGAUUAAUAGGGAGUCAAUUAGCUGCUUCAAUUGCAGCCUAUGGACACCCUUAUUUCCACCACCAUCAUCAUUCAAGCAUGGCUUCUCUUCCUCUCCAUGGUAGAUCUCUUGGAAUUCAAGUACACUCAAUGAUCCAUAAGCCUUCUCACCUAUCAUCUUCUAUUGGAUUCGGAAACAUGUCUGGACAUGGCAGCUGGUCUAGGCCCCCAAUGGAUCAACAACCAGGUAUAGGAAAAUUAUCAAUGGAGAAUUAUUACAUGAAUAUUGCAACAGCAUCAUCGCGUGCCGGUGUGGGUAGGUUCAACUUAGAGAGUACUAGUACUGUAGGUUCUCCAGCAGACUCUGGAACUGGUUGGUGGAUAGGCAGUGGUCAUUUGAAGACUAAUCAAGAUAAUCAUAUUCAGAAGCUUGACUUGUCCCUCAAGCUCUAAAAUGUAUUUUCUUUCUCUUUUGUUCACACUUGAUUUUAUCAACACAUGUCUAUGUAAAUUUUGGUUAUAGAAGUGCUAUAUGAUUGUUGUUUUUUUUUUA